GUUACGAGUUUGCGUUCGGGUUUCGGCGUUACACGAGCGAUAACGGGGGCGUCAAUCGAAUCGAGAUUGGGAGAGGAUUCCGUACCGGGCCUGCCCUCUCUUUCCCUCUUUCUCGCUCUUUCUCUCUUUCUCUCUCAUACACAUUCUCUCUCUCUCUCUCUCUCUCUCUUUCUCUUUCUCUUUCAACCAUGGGCAACAGGUUUGAAUUUAUGGGACAAUAAAGAGUGCGUAGUGCGCGUGUCUCCCUUGCUCCUACUCUCAACGGUGCACUCUUUCUCUUUCUCUCUCUCUCUCUCUUUCUAUCUAUCUUUCUCUUUCUCUCUACCCUCUCUCUCGUGCGCGCGAACAGUAGAGAAAAGAGAAAGAGAGAAGGAGAGGAACGACGGUGGAGACUAUCAAACUCUCAUAAAACUGUCAGGCACGGUCGCCGGGGCUGACUUAUGUGCGGCCCUUCUUCUUCUUCUUCUUCUUCUUCUUCUUCCUCUUCUUCUUCUUCCUCUUCCUCAUCCUCAUCCUCGUCCUCAUUCUCAUCGUCAUCCUUGGCAUCGUCCUCGUUGGCCGUACGAAAUCAGCUGCUGUUGCGUGAAGUUGCCUUCUCCCAAAGUGUCGUAAGGAUUACGAGCCUCCACCAAGAAGAAGGAAAGAGCCUAAGAGGAUACCAAAAGAAAGACACCGAUUCUUUCUCUCUCUUUCUCGAAGCAACGAACGAACCACCCCCUUUUUUCGGGGUAAUCGCGGUAGGGGGCGCGCGCGCACGCGUUACCCCCUUUACCGAGCAGGCGGAAGACUACUUGUCGGUGACGUCGCGCUAGGAAAGAGAGGAACUGCCAGAGAAGAGAGAGAGGGCUGCCCCCACCAGGGUCCUUGCUCGAGGGCUCCCGAAUAUCUCUCCAUUAGCCCCCCUCGUAGCGACGGCCAUCCCCUCUCCUCGACGAAAGCUCUCCUUCUUUCUCCUCCCUCUUUUCUCGACUCUCUCUCUCUCUCUCUCUAUCUCUAUCUCUCUUUCUCUGUUACUCUUUCACUCUCUCGUACGUUCACGCACCCCUCUCGGCUCUCGUCACGUCGACGUCGACGACGUCGGCCUGCGAGACGGGCACACGAGCGGCGCAGCGCCAGCAGCACCACCAGCAGCAACAUCAGCGGCAGCGGCGUCGGCUGCGGCGGCUUCGAGCCGACGGACGACGACGACGACGACGACCACGACAACUACUACUACUACCACAACGACGGUGAAGAGAGGAGAGAACGGGCUUGAAGAAUCCUUCGUCGCCGGCAGGAGAGACCAAUCAAGGUUUGACGAACGGCGCGGAUUGGUCGAAGCGCUCUCCUCUGACACGCAGAGAGCGCGGGCACGUGACAAGCUACCGCACACACCGGCCUCUGAAUCGCGGCGAGGCCUUCAGUACGAUACCAACCACCCUCCGCGCAUGCAACGGACCAUCUCCGCGAUCCUUAACAUCUUCUCUUUCUCUUUCUCUUUCUCCUUUUCUCUUUUUCUAUCCUCUUCCCUUUUUCUCUAUUUUUCUCUUAUCGUAUCACGUGUAAUAUUUUCUUCUUAAUCGUCAUCGAGGAUAAUCGUUUGACAGAAACAUUCCUCUCUUCGGAUAGAGAGACAUAGGAUAACGUGUAAGAGCUCUCGUAGUGCGACGCGAACGGGAGUUCUCUCUCUGGUGAACGCGACGAGGAAGAACAGUCCUUUCCGAUGGAGCGAACCAACGAGUUCGCUGUCACGUGCUACCACCGGCUGGAACCCCGAGUUCUCUCUAGGUAGACAGGUUCCGGAGAGAAAGAAAAAGAUAUAUAUAUAGAAAGAGAGAAAGAGAGAGAGAGAGAGAGAGAGAGAAAGAGAGAGGGACAGAGAGAAGUCGUAAAGAAGAAGAAGACAGUUUUAUUGGGGUAGGCCCACGUGACCCUUGUAAACAGAGGCUUCUUUGUCGUUGCGUUUUGUCGCGUAUAAACGGUGUUUACGUGAGAGAAAGGUGAAAGAUGAAGAUCAUUUUUAUCUAACAACCUUGUUAUUGAAAAAAGAAAAACAAACAGAAGCUACGAGAUUCUAAGGUUUGUGCGAAUCGUGAAUGUCGUUCAUAUCGGGACGUGCAAAGAGAUCGGUUCAGUGACGUCGAAGAGGGACGAAGAGAACAUCGAACGAUGAGUUCGUAUCAGUUCGUCAACUCGCUCGCGUCAUGUUACGCGGGCCAACAGCCUCAGCAGCAAAGGCCUACGCCUAAUUCACCCGGAGAACCGAUGCAGGCGGCAUCACCAGCUGGUGCUGAUUAUUACAAUCCGAAUGCAGCGGCAACGAGUUAUCCGGCACCAUGUUAUUCCCCUCAGCAACAUUAUCCGCAACAUCCGUAUGCGACUCCUGCAUCCGGAAUGCAACACACAGCACCAACCGGCAUGAUAGACUAUACGCAACUUCAACCUCAACCGAGGCUGAACGCCACGGCCACCUCGGCGCAACAUGGGAUGCAUCAGCAACCAUCUCAGCAUCAUCCUCAACAACAUCAUCCCCAGGCGCAACAACAGGCACAGCUUCACCAAGAUCCAACGACACCUUUACUUCAAGCUGCUAACGCGCCCUCCGCGCCCUCAACAUCAAGCUGCAAGUACGCCGACUCGACUUCCUCCACUGGAGUAGCCUCGCCUCAGGACCUCUCGACCUCUACCUCGAGAAAUAGUCCCACACCCUUGGUAGCACCCGGCACGAGCAAAUCCGCGUCCGGUUUGACAUCGCCACCAGGAACCUCUUCGAGGUCCUCCGUCGCGGCGGCAUCCGCGGCUUCACCUCCGAGUGGAACGCCGAGAAACGUUGCCGAUGGAAAUUCUACGCUCACGACGGCAUCCUCAGCUUCCUCGCCAGCAUCCUCCACCUCAAGCACCUCUAGCACCGGAAAUAAUUCGUCGAAUAAGGUGAACCCUUCCGGUAGCAAUCCACCGCAGAUUUAUCCUUGGAUGAAAAGGGUUCACAUUGGACAGAGCACGGUAAAUGCGAAUGGCGAAACAAAACGACAGAGGACAUCUUAUACGAGGUAUCAAACUUUAGAGCUGGAAAAGGAGUUCCAUUUCAACCGCUAUCUGACGAGGCGGCGUCGCAUUGAGAUCGCCCAUGCUCUUUGCCUGACCGAACGUCAGAUCAAGAUCUGGUUUCAAAACCGGCGGAUGAAGUGGAAGAAAGAACACAAGAUGGCGAGCAUGAAUAUCGUGCCGUACCACAUGUCGCCGUACGGACACCCUUACCAGUUCGCGCCGCACCCAGGCCAGUUCGCUCACUUGGCCACAUAGGACGAGUUCUCGCCCGCCGAGCUCGGAGCACACGCUGUCCGCUUUCCCGGGAUGUACGGCGAGCAGAACUUCUAAAAGGCUUUUCUCCGAUCGGACGCUUCACUUCCAGUAGGAUUCGCGAGCUGGACAUUCCGCGAUCGCGAUUGGCUUGCCUCGAAAUGUUUACUUUCUCUUCUCAAAAACAUCUCUUUUCAAAUAUUACGAUUUUCCUUUUUAAAUAAAAAAACGUAAGAGAAAGAGAGAAAGAGAGAGAAAGAGGGAGAGAAAGAAGACUCGUUGGCUUGCCUGUUCGCGAAAGCGAUUACUAUGUCACAAAGCAACUAUUCGAAGUUGAAGGGAAGCCAAAAUUUUCUGCGAAUGUAGUGCCGUGCGCCCGAUUUAAGACUGGACGCGCUCCGAGGGACUCUCAACAUAUAUAUAUAUAUAUAUAUAUAUAUAUAUAUAUAUAUAUAUAUAUACGUAUCUACGUACGUGGACGCAAGGAAGAUUGUAAGAUGAUCAUGCGUCCCUUAUGAGAGCCCACCUCAGCGGGUGAGAUAAUUGAAACUCUAGUUUAAGGGUAGAUAUUAACGAUCUAAAGAAGGAAAAAAAUAAGAAAGAGAAAAAAGGAAGAAGAUAAAAACACGUAAGGAAGGAAAUCUCGAUUUUAAUGGCGAAACUUAACUAUCGUCGUCCUCUUGUCUGGCUGCACACUGUUUCACAUGGUCCGUGAAUAAGCGAAUCGUAUUUGUAAAGGAUUAAUAUCGACAAAUGAUGAAGGGGGAUGAUAAUCAGACAUUUUUUUUCUCUCGGAUCGUCCUGUACUUACUUACUUUUUCUCCGCUUCGCUACUUAUUAUCGAAAUCUUCUAUCGAAUGUGUCUAUUCCUGUUCGACGAUGAAUUCGAUGCGAUUGGAGGAAACAGUUUCUAUCUGCACGUUGAAGUCACUAUUCCUAGUAUGUAAGGUGCCUAUUAAUACUCGAAACCUUCUUCGCCAAUUAUUAUUCUCCGGUCGAAUGCGAAACUUUCGAAUGAUCGCGACAUUUUUUUGACGCCUUACGUUCUCGCCAAAAAAAUUCGUUCGAUCGUUUUACGAUUAAAUCUGGUCGUAUUAAUUCCUCAUAGCGAAUAACGAUCCUUUAAGCGAGAAUUCAAUUUUAACGUAAACGUGUACGAAUCCGCUCUCUCUUUUCGAAUAAAGCUAAUUAGCGAUUUUAUUUAAACGAUUUUACGCUAUAUAUAAGUAUAUAAAAAUACUCGUUUUUAUAAGGUGAAAUCUUUAUUCCUCUUGCUCUCGAUACUUUCUCGUUUAUGAAAAAAUAUAUGUAAGUAAAUUUUAAUCAGGCAUAUAUAAUCAAGAGAAAGACUCGAUAAAGAAACGGUGGGCAGCUUAGGCGCUGCAAGCUCUUUGUAAAUAGUUUGCACCGUAAUGUAACUCGUUCCUAUAAAAAAAAAAAAAAAAAAAAAAUUGUCAACUUAUUGUUAGAUAAAAAUCCCUUUACAACUUGGCUGUUUCUUUCGAACCAUUGUUCAAAAUUAAACGUUUUAUCUCUUCGGUAAUAUUAAUAUAUCAACUAAAUAGAUGUAUAAACCAAUCUUUUUCCCCUCUCUUUGAUGUUACACGCGAACCGUCAAAUUUGUCGAUUCGAUUGAAAGCGAUGGAACGAAGUGAAUGUAAAAAAAAAAGAGAAAAAAAAAUAAAAGAAGAAAAAAGAUCGAUCGCGUAGAAUAUCAAGUCGAAAUCAUUAUUCGAGAAUAUCGGUAGAAUACCGGUCGAUCAUUUCAAUUUAAAAAAUAGAAUCUUCAGCCGUUUGGCUCGAGUCUGUAAAAAUUAAGUAACGACGAGCGUUCCAGAGUUCUCGUUAUGCUUGUGUUAUAUACAUAUACGUAUGGGUGUCUUCUUGUGAUACAAGAAAGAAAGAAAGAGAGGGAGAGAGAGAGAGAGAGAGAAAGAGAGAACGAACGAGCGAAAGAGCGAGAGAGAAUGAUUGAGAUUCGUUUUAUGCUUUAGAUCGAGAAGUCGCAUGUGAUUGCGACGUGCUAAGCAAAUUCGGAAUAAUACAGGGAUCCUUAAAAUAUAUCGAUGUGUUUAAAGUUAAAUAAAAGAAAAUGGUGACAAGAGAGCAAAAGUAAGAUAAAAUAAAAGUAUGGCCGGAAGAGACGCUUUAUUACGCGACUGGCGAGAGGGGGUUUCUUUAUAAGUAGAUUAACGAUGAAUUGUACAUAAUUAUUGAAUAUAAUUGAACAACGCGAUAUUGAACGACGUUAUCUCAGCUAGGCGUUAACGAAAGAGCAGAGUACUUCGUUGUUUGUUAAUUUAUCGGCCCGUUGUGAUGAGUGGUGGAGGAAAAAGAGGAUGAAAGCGAACGAAUCACGAACGAUUCCUCUUCUUUUCUCGGACGAAUGAAAACGCGUGUAAAACGCGAGUUUAUCGUUACGCACGAGCAUUUGCUUUUCGACGUAUUUAUAUACAUGUAUAAGUACGUAGUAUAUAUACGUAGUAUAUACAUACAUGAAAGUGCAAAAGUUACAAAAUAAAAUAUUUAUAAGACAAAAUGAAACGGGACAUGUUUCCGACCGUAAAGAAAUGUUCUUUCAUUGCCGCCUCGCUGUCGUUUAGGAAUAUUUAACGAAUAAAUAAAAAUAGCGACUAUUAUUAUUAUUAUAUUAUUAUUAUUAUUAUUAUUAUUAUUAUUAUUAUUAUUACUAUUAAUAUUAUUAAUAUUAUUAAUUUUAUUAAUAUUAUUAUUAUUAUUUUAUUAUUAUUAUUGACAUGAUUGAUAUCAUCACCAUCAUCAUCAUCAUUAUUAUUAUUAUUAAUAUUAUUAAUAUUAUUAUUAUUAUUAUUAUAAUUAUAUUGAAAAUGAGUCUGUUGCUAAUGACCUGGUCCAGUGUUAAUAUUGUAUUUUAUUUGUUUCGUUAUUAUGUUUUUGUUGUUCAUGCUGCGUGCCGUAAAAACACGCCGUAAGAUAUAGACUUGUAAGCGAUGUGCAUUAUA